AUGGCCAUGAAACGAAGUAGACAGCCUCACAAUGCAGAUGCUGCUCUAGCGAAAGCUUCGCCGCACGAUUGGAUUAUGGUUCUCGCUCAGCUUCGCCAAAAUAAAUCGAACCUCGCCCCUAGCAUGGUUAGUAGUAGCAGUCACAAAGGGAAGAGCUGCGCUGGCAACAAUCAGCUUGUAGAGUCGAUGUCGCCCUAUUCCGAACGUACCGGCUAUAGCCUCUCUCUUCGUCCGGAAUCUUUUCAGCAUGGAGACUUUAUGGAUUGGAAUGACACCGAUCACGCGAUUCGCUCCGAAAUGCUGACGUACCGUGCAACGUCGCCUAGAAGACAGGUCCACGGAGUGCCCGAUACGAUCGAACUUCCAGCGCAAAUUGGGGACUUGCAUUCCGAAGUCAGCUUUGAGGACCUCGAAGACAUGAUGAGCUUCGCUGAUGAAAUACUGUCUCUGUCGUACCCUCCUGCUCCCAAGCACCACACACCCCUCUCCCCUGUCACGUCAGACACGAUUGACAACGGCGCCUCGCACACAAAUUUUGAGUCAUGUUCCCCAACAUCUAGUACGCACAUCCAUACAACCCGGUCUUCUCCUACAAGCGUCGACGCUAUCGCUAACGACAAUCCGUGGGGAAUUACUACCACUCUACUCGAAGACGAUGAUCAUUCGUGGCCUAGCGACGAGGAAAAAAAGUCGCCAGCGCGCUGUCAGCAACGUCAGCAGCGCAUGGCCAAGUGUCGGGGGAGUGACUACUUUUUGUCGCGCAAUAGCGCUAUGUCCUUGUGGAGUGAUCCGACGGAGGCCACGCGGGAGGUUGAUGUGUUCCGUCUCACCGAGGCUGAGGUGAACAGUCGAGAUGCUUCCGUAGAUCCCGCUUGGCAGGCGUACAGCGAUCUCGAAGGACAAGGUGUCGGGGAUAUGCAGGGGUCUCUAUUCUUUCUCUAA